AUGCAAGGCAUACUAGAAUUCAUAAAAAAUCAUGCAAAGGGCGUCACAGAACAAGAGAUCACACAAAACUUCCCACUACUUUCAAAGACUGAGAUCGCUAAAGAACUUAACGCAUGCCUCAAACAUCAACAAAUAAGCUUGUUCAGAGAAAAUGGCAUUUUGUAUUACAAGUCUCUAGGAAUAAGCGGCGAUGACUACGAGCUGAUGAUAUACAACCUUGUGAGUCAAAAUGGAGGUGAAGGUGUGUGGCUCAAGACAAUAAAGGACAAAACAAACAUGCCGCACACUCUGAUUGGAAAAGUUCUCCGAAGCAUGGAAGCAAAGAGAAUCAUUAAAUCAGUCAAGUGUUUGAAGAACAACAGGAAAAUGUAUGUUUUAUACGACGAGACGCCAUCAGAGGAAAUAACAGGAGGCACAUGGUUCCAUGACAACGACGUCGACUUCGAAUGUGUAUCCAAGAUCCUUGAAAUAGUUCUGCUGUACCUCGAAAAAAACACUACAUCUGAGGAUGGACAGACAUUACCAGAGUAUGAAGCAAAUCCAACGAUAGAUGAUAUUCUGGAAUACAUAAAGAAAUUGAAUAUCUUGUCAAUUCCCUUGAAGCAUGGAGACCUAGAAGUGAUUGCAGACAUUCUUGUAUUUGAUGGAAAAGCAGAAAAGCUAUACUCUGAGGCAAUCAAUAGAUAUCGAGUGAUCAAAUAA